AUGGCGAGCGCACAACAAAACGAGACUGAGCGCCCUUCUGGUGUGUGGAAGGGCAACAGCGCCCCCAUCGACCUUGCCGCACACCUCAAGCGUAUCAACGAGGCGCCGGUCCUGGUGGAGGGCAAGCGGCGCCACCCCGGCGUCGAGGGAGAGGUGGUGGGCCUCGACUUCAACCCGGCCCUCGUGGUGGCCGCCUGGGAGGCCCUCCCCGGCUUCCAGGACGCGGUAGGGAGCGACAAGGAGAAGCUGUCGGUCGAGGAGGGGAACGUGACGGCGAUGCAGUUCCCCGAUCAGUCGUUCGACGGCGCCUACUUGACCCUAAUCGACGCCGUCUCGCACAUGCAAGGCGACUCGGAGGACAUGGACCCGGGCUUCGUGAAGGCCAAGGCGCUCAUGGAGAUGACCAUCAGCAAGGGCAUUCUCGAGCCGCCGAGGACCUGCUCGAGCUCCUCAGACCGCCAACGCCGCUGGCGACUACUUCCGCACCAACCAGCGCUUUUUCUUCUUGGGACAGCGUGGUGA